AUGCCUCAAAUGAUAAUAGGCAGUAAUAAUCCGAAUCUCAUAGCUUCGCUAAUAGUGCGCGAAGGAAAAUGGCAGCAACCAAUUGCUGCAAAAACGAGACUAGGAUGGACUAUAUAUGGCGGAUUGGGACGAUCUGGUGGAGGACUCAACCUGCAUCGGUGUCAAUGCGAUCUGGAUUUGCAUGAGAUGGUUAAAAAACAUUUGCUAACGGAGGAAAAAUCACCGCCGAUGUUUACCAAGUCCCCUGAUGAAGAGCGAUCUCUACAGAUUCUGGAGGACACUGUUAGUUACAGCUCGCGGAUGUACACCACGGGAUUGCUUUGGAAAGAUGGUCCCCGUGUAUUUCCAAAUAGCCUGCCGCUAGCAAAACGACGACUCUUAUGCAUGCAAAAGAAAAUGGCAGCAGACCCUCCUUUUGCAAGUGAGCUACAAAACUUGAUAGCUAAAGGAUAUGCCAGAAAGUUGACAGAGGAAGAAGUCCUGGAGAAACCCGAAAAUGCAUGGUACUUGCCCAUUUUUACUGUACGAAAUCCACAUAAACCUGAUCAGAUUGGUGUGGCUACAGGAGUAGCCCUAAAUGAUUUUCUUCUGAAGGGACCCGAUUUACUCGUGCCCUUGCUGCAGAUUAUGUAUAACUUUAGAACGAGAGCAAUUGGCGUGAGCGGUGACAUCGCCGAAAUGUUCCAUCGAAUAGCAGUAAGAGAACAAGACGCUAAAGCACACCGAUUCCUAUGGCAAAAUCAGACAACAGGCGUCAUAGAAACUUUCCAAUUCAAUGUGUUGACAUUUGGAGCCACGUGCUCCCCCUGUAUAGAGCACUAUGUGCGCGACCUGAACGCUAAAAAACACGCAGACGAGUUUCCUUCGGCAGCUAAAGCUAUUCAGAGAAGUCACUACGUAGACGACUACAUCGAUUCAUGCCAUUCAGAAGAAGAAGCCAUUACAUUAGCGAAAGAAGUUAGAGAAGUCCAUGGACGCGGAGGUUUCCAUAUGCGCAAGUGGUGUUCGAAUUCCAAACGGGUACUCGCUGCGCUUCGCGACACAACAACCUACGAAGAAAAACAGUUCUUUAACAGUGAAGAGAUACACUCUUAUGAGAAAAUAUUGGGCAUGCGGUGGAGCCCACGUCAAGAUGCCUUCACCUAUGCCCUAAAGUUUGUACGCCUGAAGCGCAACAUAAUAGCGACAAAAGUCGCACCAACCAAAAGGGUAAUUUUACAAGUUUUGAUGUCAGUUUUUGACCCCAUGGGUUUUGUAUCCUGUAUAAUGAUGUAUCUCAGAAUACUGCUCCAACAAGUUUGGCGAUCGAAGAUUCAUUGGGAUGAGGAAAUACCACCCAAUCUGCAGGAUAUGUGGCAAUCAUGGCUGUCCUUCUUACCCUUGAUAGAGAACUUGCAAAUUCCGGGAUGCUAUUUUAAAAAUUGGCGUGCACAAGACUGCCGAGUUCAAAUUCACGUAUUCGUGGAUGCGGGAGAAGACGCCUACUCUGCCGUUGCGUAUUUCCGUAUCGAAAAAAAUAACCAAAUACUUUUGAGUCUCGUUUCAGCCAAAUCCAAGGUAGCUCCGUUGCAGCCGCCCUCGAUACCCCGUUAG